AUGGCACAGAGAUCUUCUGCUUCAUCUUUAGCUUACUGGGAAGAGUUCUAUGCCGAUCGCCCCAAGAGCUAUGAUACCCUCUAUGGAUAUGAGGACUUACGCCCUCUCCUCAUGGGUUUACUGCAGCUCCCACGAGCCCAGCGAGAAGCCUGUCGGGUGCUCCAUGUAGGCUGUGGCACCAGCAAUGUCACAGAGGGUCUUUGGCGCGAUGGCUUUCGUCAAAUUCUCAACAUUGACUUCAGCGAGGAAGUCGUGAAGCUCAUGGCCGGGCGCUGGGACGAGCGAGCGGCGGGCAACUCGGCAGGUGUUGCCUGGCAAAAGAUGGACCUGACGGAUCUGUCAGAGCUAUGUUCAGGGACCUUUGACUUGGUCCUGGAGAAGUUCACGCUGGAUGCCAUCCUUUGUGAGUCCAAGGAGGAACUGGUGGAUCCGAAAGGCCAGGCGGUGCUGCGGGGCCUUCAUCGAGUACUGGCGCCUGCUGGGCGUUUCAUUUCAGUGGCUUGGGGCGCUGACAGGCGGCAAGCGCUCCUCCGCAGUGGCGGGCUCUUCGAGGUUCAGGUACACCAACUGCCUGGAGAAGCUGUGCAACGGCCCUGGGUUUAUUUCUGCAGGAAGUUGGCGCCGAUCCCGCGGAGGAUGCCGCGCUUGCCUGACACCAUGGUGCAGUGCAUAGAGGAAGAUGAAGGUCUCCAACUGGUCAUUGAGCUGGGAGACGUCUGCAGAUCCUCCGUGCAACUGGACCUCGCCAGUCACGAGCUGCACUUGAGCACGCCGAGCUUGGGACAGAGGAGUGCCAGCUGGCGAGCUUGGCAUAUCCGGCUGGGUGGUGCCUCAGCUCCCAAGGACAUGGCAUCGGGUGCAAAGGAACUGCUAGGUGAUGAGAAGGUUUCUGUGGAGGAGGCACUCAAAGACAAGAAGGCAGGGGACAUGGCCAGGGGACGCGAAGGCAUUGAACAAAGUCGGCAUUUCGAUGUGCAUGUGUGGGUUGAGUCCAAAGGAACAUACAGGGCAAGUGGUUGA